AUCAAUCUCUAAAUUUCAAGAAAACAGAAAUAUUUCCUGUUUCACAUGCUGACAUACAGGGUCACUGUCAUUUAAUUACCUCCAAACAAGGUCUAUCAAUUCAAACAAUGUAGAAAACCUUAUCUCUGGAAAAAAGAAUUUAAAGAAAAUAAAAGUGCAACCCAUGGUUAAGACCAGAAGCUUAUCGAAAUAGGGCACAGACCAUAUUCAGCUGAGACACAAUACUAAAGCUUUCUAUAAGAUAAUAAUGGCAGCCCUAAGUUGCCAUCUUCAGUUCACCGUUUCUAAAGGUUGUUCUAAUGUCAAAGCUAAGCCUUUUAUCUUCUGUUCUGCCCAGCCUGCUAAAAGCAAUAUCAAGGUAGUUGUCAAUGGAGCAGCAAAGGAAAUAGGAAGGGCGGCGGUAAUUGCAGUGACUAAGGCUAGAGGUAUGGAAGUAGCAGGUGCAGUGGACACCCAUUUUGUUGGGGAAGAUGUUGGACUGCUUUGUGACAUGGAAGAGCCACUGGAAAUACCAGUAAUAAAUGACCUUACCAUGGUAUUGGGUUCCAUUUCUCAGUCAAAAGAAACUGGGGUUGUUAUUGAUUUCACCGAUCCUUCUACAGUUUAUGACAAUGUGAAACAGGCAACAGCAUUUGGCAUGAAAAGUAUAGUCUACGUGCCUCGAAUUAAAGUAGAUACAAUUGCUGCAUUAUCUGCACUCUGUGAGAAGGCCAGCAUGGGUUGUCUGGUUGCACCGACUCUAUCCAUAGGAUCAAUACUCCUGCAGCAAGCCGCGAUUUCAGCUUCUUUUCACUAUAAUAACGUAGAGAUUGUGGAAUCAAGGGCACACGGAGCAGACCUUCCAUCAGCCGAUGCAAACCAAAUUGCAAAGAACCUCUCCAACCUGGGCCAGAUCUACAAUAAAGAAGAUCUAUCAACAGAUGUUUUGGCUAGGGGCCAAGUUCUUGGAGAAGAUGGUGUCAGGGUGCAUAGCUUAGUCCUACCAGGGCUUCCCUCCAGCACGACAGUUUACUUCUCUAAACCAGGAGAGGUAUACUCUAUCAAACAUGAUAUCACAGAUGUGCAAUGCCUCAUGUCUGGCCUACUCUUGGCUAUUAGAAAGGUCAUCCGUCUAAAGGUAACCCAUUGUUUUGUUUUUCAUUUCUUUUUUUCUUCAUUCCCUCUGCUUCAAGCUUCAGCAAGCCUCAAUGUAAAAUCCUUCUUUUUGUCUUUUUCUGUAGAAUCUGGUAUAUGGCUUGGAAAAACUUUUGUAAGAUGUUUGAUGCUCUCGAAUCUCGGCAUGGAACUUAACUCCUUGGUAAACCUGCAAAGCAGAUAAAGAAACAGUGUCAUCCUGCAGACGAGUAUAUGAAAGGAAAAUUGACAUAUCAGAAAGGGAACAAAUUGUUAAGUUAUAAACUAGAAGACAUGAAUAUUUAAAUGAACCUUUUGAAAUUUCAAAGUUUUGGACUUGCAGUUUGAAUAUAAUCAUGAUGAAGGAUUUUAUGAGA